CCCGCCGGCUGCGCUCCUGCGGGCAAGGCGGUCGCGGGUCCUCGUCUUCCCGGCUCGGGGAUCCGGCUCCUGGUCUUCUGGGGCGGCCGAGCCUCGGUUCCCGGAAGGUUCUACCCGGUCUCUGCCUCCCGGGCGGCCCGCCGUCCGCAUGGCCGCCCUCAAGGCGCUGCAGCUGUGGUGCCGGCAGCAGUGCGAGGGCUACCGGGACGUGAGCAUCACCAACAUGACCACGUCGUUCCGCGACGGCCUGGCCUUCUGCGCCAUCCUGCACCGCCACCGGCCCGACCUCAUAAACUUCAGUGCUCUCAGGAAGGAAAACAUUUAUGAAAACAACAAACUGGCCUUCCAAGUGGCAGAGGAGCAGCUGGGUAUCCCGGCCCUGCUGGAUGCAGAGGACAUGGUGGCUCUGAAGGUGCCAGACCGGCUGAGCGUGCUAACCUACGUGUCACAGUACUACAACUACUUCCACGGACGCUCCCCCAUUGGGGGCAUGGCUGGUGUGAAGAGGCCCUCGUCGGACCCCGAAGAGGAGCUGUCCGGGAAGAAGGCUGCACCCCAGCCAGCCAGGCCCUCGCCCACCCCAGCCCGGGGGCACCCGCUGUCUCCAGUGAGCACAAACCCCAUUGUCCUGCGGAAGGAUGGAGGCACAAAGGGCCCCCCGCUGACGGCUGGCCAGGCCUCAGUGGGCAGCUCCCCCGCCUCCAUCAGCAGCACCUGUGGGGUCUGCGGCCGGCACGUGCACCUCGUGCAGCGACACCUGGUUGACGGGAAGCUCUACCAUCGGAGCUGCUUCAGGUGUAAGCAGUGCUCCAACACGCUGCACUCAGGCGCCUACCAGGCCACGGCCAAGCCCGGCGUCUUCGUCUGUUCCAGCCACCACCCCACACCUGCCUCUGCAAGCCCCAGGCUGCUAGGCCUGGCCCCCAGACAGGCAGGGGCCGUCCCCAUGGACUCCAAGCCUCCCAGCACCCCACAGAAAGCCCAGGAAGCGUUUGGGCGGAGAGAUGCUUGGCCAGAGGCCAGGACCGCCGCCUGGGAGCCCAUGGUGGGCAAUUCAACUGCCAAAGGCUUCAUCGCUGCUGCAGCUGACCCUCUGGCCACCACCUCCCUCCAUGUCCCUAUGAGGAGCCCAGCUGGGCCCAGGCUCGCAGUAGGUUCCCUUGGUAGCAAAGCCAGCACGCGUGUGGCCAACAACUACCCAACAGGGUGGUCAUCGCUGGCACAGGACACGGCAGCAGUCAGCCCCCAUCCUGCUGUGACCCGGAGUGCCCCAGACCCUUGCCCGGCCAUACCACAAGGCCAGGCAACCCCCCAACUGUCAGCUCCCCAGACCAAGGCCAGCUUGAGCCCAGCAUCUUCAGGCCCAGCAGACACACCGGCCUGGACCCCAUCGGCCUCUAGGACACAGCAGGCCCGGGAGAGGUUCUUCCAGACGCCCGCAGCCGCCCCCACCACUGCGGUCGCUGGCAGGGCCUCAGCGCCAGCACAGGCGCCUUCUGGGGUUGGCAGCAGGGAGCAAGCCCUGAGCUGCCUCCGGAAGGCCCUUCCAGUGCUUGUGGAAGCCUGCGACCAGGCUCCUGGCAGGCCCUCCCCAGCCACCACCCCUGCUCCAAACUGCCAUCCCAGAAUAGAAGGGCUACAAGCAAGUCCAUCUGCCAAGCUGUCACAGUCGACGUCUCCCCAGGCCCUGAGCCCCCCUGCACGGACAGAGCCACAGGCCCCCCUGAGUGUGGGCACCACCUCGAGGGCCUCCGCAUCGCCCCAGGCAGGCAUGAAGGGCUCGGAGGUGUCCCCAGGGGCCGGCAGGACAGGUGCUGGCUCCAGGCAGAAGCUGGAGGCCCCACUGGCAAAGGGCCCUAGUGCCAGCCCCCAGGACGGCCAGAAGGAUGGGCCGGCAGGAUGGAGGAGCCGCCUGAAGCCCGUGAAGAACAGCCCUGCUGAGAGAGACCUGGAGCUGAAGGAGCCGCAGGAGCCGCAGGGCCCUGGGGAGCUGAGGGCGGGUCGUGUGCCCCUGAAGACCCCUGGGAGCUCCGACAGUGGCAUCCGCAUCACCCUGACUCCUGUGCAGCCUGACAGGACACCUGGUCCCCGACCCAGCCUNNCCGCCCCCUCCCCCUCCCCCUCCGGCCGCAGGAGGCUGGCUGUCCCUGCCAGCCUGGACAUUUCUAGCAACUGGCUUCAGCCCAAGCCCUCAGAGCAGGAAGGACCGGCCAGGAGCUGGAAGGAGGCGGAGGAGAAGCCCCCUCCUCAGGGCAAACCAGGGAGACCCUUGCUCCCGGCCGGUGCCCCUGCUCCACCUGACAAGGCAGUGACCUCCCCCGUCAGGCUGCACCCCGACUACAUGCCCCCGGAAGAGAUCCAGAGGCAGGUUCAAAGUAUCCAGAGGCAGCUGGACGCCCUGGAGUCCAGGGGCGUGGAGCUGGAGAAGCGCCUCCGGGCAGCUGAGGGGGACGACUCGGAGGACGCGCUCAUGGUGGACUGGUUCCGGCUCAUCCACGAGAAGCAGCUUCUGCUGCGGCUGGAGUCGGAGCUGAUGUACAAGGCCAGGGACCAGCACCUGGAGGAGCAGCAGCUGGGCCUUGAAGGGGAGCUGCGCCGGCUGAUGGCCAAGCCCGAGAGUCUGAAGUCACCCCAGGACCGGCAGCGGGAGCAGGAGCUGCUGAACCAGUAUGUGAGCACAGUGAAUGACCGCAGUGACAUUGUCGACUUCCUGGAUGAGGACCGGCUCAGAGAACAGGAGGAGGAUGAAAUGCUGCAGAACAUGAUCCAGAACCUGGACCUCCAGAAGAAGAAGCCCAGGUCGCGCUUGUCCAAGAUCUUGUCUCCGAAGAGCAAAAGCAGGACCCCCGAGUGAGCUGCCUGGCCGGGCUGCAGGACCCUCGCCUGUGGGCCAAGCGUGGUGGGCACCAGGGGUGGGAGCCGGGCAGUGUUUCCGGGGGGUCCAGGCAGCCUCAAUAAAGAAACUGACCAUGUGGCCUGGGCUCCGUCUCCCAUUUGCCCACGUGCUCCUGGGCAGUUUGGGCCAAGUGCCAG